GCCUCAGGUAAAAGGCAUCUAAAUAAAAGGUAGGAGAGGAGGAGGAGAGAGAAGUAUCCAGGCUGAGAAGCAUGAAGGGGCCAUCAUCUACUAGCAGCCUCCUGCUGCUACUGUUGCUACUAAGCCCAGACCCUGGAGCAGCACUGCCACUGCCACCCAGCAUUACCUGCUGUACUCAGCUCUACCGCCAGCCACUCUCGAACAAGCUACUGAGGAGGGUCAUCCGGGUAGAACUGCAGGAAGCCAAUGGGGACUGUCACCUCCAGGCCUUCGUGCUUCACCUGUCUCGACGCAGUGUCUGCAUCCACCCUCAGAAUCGCAGCCUGGCUCGGUGGUUUGAGCGCCAAGGGAGGAGGCUCCAGGGGACUCUGCCUAAUCUGAAUUUGGGGCUGACAGGGAAAAUGGACCAGGGCCCCCACCAGCCAAAAUAAUAAAGCAGCAUUGGACAACAA